CCAUGGAAGGUUCAUUGCUGGGCAACUUAUAGGCUUGAAAAUAUCAUUACUGCUGCCGCCCAAGUUAGUCUAGACCAAAAGAAGACAAACGAAGAUAAUCAACCUGUCUCACUCAAACCAACUCUAUCCACCUUUUUUAAUCGUUUAAACAACCUCCACAUUAAGCAAAAUGUCUGAAAGAAAAGCUGUAAUCAAGAAUGCUGACAUGUCUGAGGACAUGCAACAGGAUGCUGUGGACUGUGCCACACAAGCAUUGGAAAAAUACAACAUUGAAAAAGACAUUGCUGCCUUCAUCAAGAAAGAGUUUGACAAAAAGUACAACCCCACAUGGCAUUGCAUAGUUGGACGCAAUUUUGGUAGCUAUGUGACCCAUGAAACAAAGCACUUCAUCUACUUUUACCUGGGACAGGUUGCUAUUUUGCUCUUCAAGUCUGGAUGAAGUGCUUCAUAGAAGCAACAAACUUUUCUUUAAGGGACCUAUAUUUAAGAACUUUGUGAGGCCUGUGAAGUUCCAACUGUUCAUCUCCAUAGACAAUACAAGGUGAUGGCUGGCGUGUUGAAAUCAAAUUAUUAAUCAAAGGCUAUCUUCAAGAAAUUUAAUUGGACAAUACAUUUUUUUCAGAGCAUUGGUUUUCUCAGUAAAGCUUUAUCAAACAAAUUAAUCUCCUCUCUGAUGAGUUCUAAAUCAUUUUUGUUCCUUUUGGCAGCCAUAAAAUGUAAAAAAUAUAAAACAGAACCAAAACUUUUGCCUGUAAAUAGUUGAUAUGAUGUGUGUAUGGCUGGUGCAAUAUGACUGUUAGUGAACUGUGAGAAAUAAAUGGUUUGCUAUAUUAUAUGAAAAAUGAA